AUUAGCCGUCAGUCGGGCGCAUUUCUUCUACUUUUUUCAUUCGAGCACUAACAAACAGACGUACUACUUUGUCUCACUUUUUCUUGCCGAUCCCCCCAACACAGCUUCUGUCUCACUACCUCUAAGCUUGUAUUGACCGCAAUUUGCUUAUCCAAGCGGGUGUCACCCUAAUAUAUACUACGCGACCAUGGUUUCCACGCGACAGCAUCCCCGCGACUUCCCGUCUCCACCAACUGGGAAAGCUUCAUCAUCUCCUUCGCCAUCUACCCGCAGUAAUGGCGCUACGAGCAGAUGGGUGCAUACUCCGUCGACCGCCAUCACUAUCUGGCUCGUGCUGUCAGUCCCAUUAGUCAUUUGGGAUGCAGGUUAUGUGUUGCUCCGUCCGCAUAGUAUGCCAGGCAACAAACUGCAUUCGCCUAUUUGGACCCCCUACGCACUAUAUGGAACAAUUGAUUAUAUGUAUGGCUGGCCCGCAUUCAAUGCCCGGAAUGGAUUUACGGCUGCGCAGACAGUUUUAAAUCUUGUGGAAUCUGUCGGGUACAUUUAUUAUCUCUGGAUUGUGUAUAGGCACGGAGUCUCAGUCUCGGGCGGUCGCGGACAGCGCAAAGCCAAAAAGGGACCGAUGUGGAUGUUGAAAACCGACAAAGUCGUCUCCGGACGUCCUGGAGCCAUUGCGCUUCUGGUUGCGUACAGCGCAUUUCUGAUGACACUCAGCAAAACUAUCCUCUACUGGCUGAAUGAGGUUUUCUCCGGUUUUGAUAGCAUUGGACAUAACGAUACGACAACUCUGAUUCUCUUCUGGAUCAUACCAAACGGUCUUUGGAUUAUUUUCCCCAGUUACAACAUCUAUGUCUUAGGCUCAGAAAUGGUGGCUUCUCUUUCAGGCUCCGCGUCGCGCCGUGUUGGACGGUCCAAGUCAUCAUAGGGUCUAUUGCCGGAACGGCCCUUAUGCAGGGGACUGUUACAUGGCAUGCCAAGCGUGGAACGUGAAUCGCGUCUGAACUAACCCUUUUCGAAGAGUGUUAGAAAGGCGAUCACAUAGGGUGAAAUAUGUGUAUAGUCGGAGGGAUAAUGUAUUGGAAAGAAAGGGGGAGGGGCGAUGACAGCCCUGAAGCGUUGUCAUUAAGUCUGUGCACCCCAAAGUUGUAUAGGUAUACACUCGAAAAUAUACUAUCCUGUCUAAUAGU